AUGCAAUGUUAUGGUCUUAUUUGUGUUUCUCCCGAUUCUCAAGAAAAACCAAUUCCUUUACAAAAUGUUAAAGUUGAAGCAAAUGUUGUUGAUAUGAUUGCUGAAGAAGAUAAAAACAUUGAAGCGUUGUAUAAAUUUCCAAUUUAUGAAGCUGCAGCAGUUUGUGAUUUUGAAGCAGAAAUUGAUGGCAAAUAUAAAAUUAAAGGUAUUGUGAAAGAAGCAAAACAAGCUGCCUCUGAUUACAAAGAAGCUGUUGAGAAAGGGCAUAGUGCUUAUUUACUUGAAGAACAACUUUCAGAUGUAUUUCAAUGUUCAAUUGGGAAUCUAAAAAGUAAUCAGACAGUAGUCAUCAAAAUCACCUAUGUCACUGAGCUUAAACAUGACUCAGAGAAUGAAAAAAUACGAUUUGUUUUACCAACUUGUAUUGCAGAAAGAUAUGGAUCUUCUUCUUCAACAGCUAAUGAUGGUAAAAAACUUGCACCUGAUGAUGUAAAAUAUUCUGGGAAAGCAAAUUAUGAACUAGAUUUAAAAGUUAAUUGUAAAAUGACCUCAACCAUCCAAUCAAUUGAGUCUCCUUCUCAUUUGAUCUCUACUGAGUUGAAUGUUGAUGGCAAUUCUAAAAUUUCUAAUGUUAUUUUGGCUGAACAUAUUACUUAUUUAGAUAAGGAUUUUGUUCUAGUUGUCAAGAGUGAAGAUCUUGAUAAGCCAAGAGCAUUCCUUGAAUAUAAUCCUAAAACAGAAUCUAAUUGUUUAAUGUUGACAUUAGUUCCAAAAUUUUCUUUAAACCCAAUUCAAACUGAAAUAGUUUUUAUAGUUGAUAGAUCAGGAUCAAUGCAAGGCGAACCAAUUAAAAAAGCAGGCCAAGCAUUAGAACUAUUUCUACGUUCACUACCAGAAGAUUGUUACUUUAAUGUGGUAUCAUUUGGUAGUAGUCAUGAUUCACUAUUUCCAAAAUCUCAAGAAUACUCUCAAGAAACAUUGGAUAGAGCCAUCAACCUGGCAAAAAAUUUAGAUGCAAAUUAUGGUGGAACAGAAAUUUACAAUCCUAUAAAAUGGGCAUUUGAUAAUCAAUUGAAAACUAUGACCACCACUUUAUUUUUAUUGACAGAUGGUGAAGUUUGGGGAGUUGAUAAAAUCAUUGAAUUGAUUGAUCAAAAUGUUGAAGAUAAAAACAAUGAUUUAAGAAUUUUUACAUUGGGUAUUGGUGAUAGUGUUUCACAUAAUUUAGUGGAAUCAGUUGCUAGAGCUGGUAAUGGAUAUGCAGAAUUUGUUACUAAUAAAGAAAGAAUGGAUAAGAAAAUUUUGGGAAUGUUGAAAAAUGCUGUAAAACCACCUAUCAAUGAUUAUAAAAUUAAAUGGACAACAAGUUAUGACAAACAAGAUGAAGAUGAAGAUAAAUUCUUUAAUUAUUUGUUUCAAGUAGAGGGAGCCGAAGAAGAAAAAAAGAGAGAGAAGGAAAAGAAAGAAGAGGAAAAGAAAGAUAAACCUGUAAUUAGUUUUUUUAGUAAUGAACCACAACCAACAUCCACAACAACAAAAAAAGCAGAAAAACCUAAAAAAGAUGUUGAAAAAUUAUUGGAAUGCAUUAAAUUACAACAAGCACCUUAUAAAAUACCAGAAAUUUACCCAGGUGUUAGGUUCAUAGUUUAUUGUAUUUUAUCAAAAGAUGUUCAACCAUCUAAUGAAAUUAUCUUGACAGCUAAAUCCUCAGAUGGACCAAUGAAACUGAAUAUACCAAUAGAUCAUGUAACCUUGACUGGAUCAAAAAUCCAUACACUGGCUGCCAGGAAACUUAUACAAGAUUUGGAAGAAAACAGAUCAUUUAUUCAUAAACAUCUUAAAUCUAAAGAUAAAACUAUUCCUGAUUAUAUAUUUAAAGAUUAUAUUAUUAACUUGGGAAUAAAAUAUAAUCUAAUGUCAAAAUAUACAAGACAUGUUCCAAAUAAACAAUUAUCAAAAAUGUUUAAAAUUGGUUCAAUAUCUACCUGUUCCUCAACAAUUGGUAGUGCCUUUGGUGGUGCCUUUUCUGUUACUGAAAAGGAGGAAGAAGUAAAUGAACAUAAAAAACCAAAAAUUGAAAUACUCUUAAAAUUUUUGUCAUUACAAUCAUUUGAUGGUAAAUUUCAACCUAAAAAUGAAUUUUUUGAAUUUUUUGGAAAAAAUUCAUUGGAUGAAUUUAACUUUGAAAAUAAUUUUGAGAAUAAAGAUAAUGAGCAGCAAAAAGAGAAAUUAUGUACUAUUAUUGGAUUGAUUUAUUUAGAAGUAGUAAUGAUGAAGGAUUUUAAAGAUGAAUGUGAUAUUUGUUAUGAAAAAUCUAAAACAGCAUUAACAACUAAAUUUAAAGAUUAUAAUGAAGAGAAUGUUAUGGGUAUUAUGGAUAGUGUUAGGAAGUGGAUGAAUGAUUGGAUUAAAGAAUAA